AUGACAAGAAACCUGGAUUGGUUGAAGGUGGAACAACGCAGAGAUGAGACAUUGCGUCGCCUGAUGGACAGCUUCAACAACGGAAAUCCAGUAGAUGGUUACCUUCUAGAAAACGAAGUUUUAAAACUAAUCGUGAGAGACCCAAUUUUUGGACAUCAAAUCUGUGUUGUAGUUCCUAGAUCUUUCCAGUGGAGUAUAAUAAAUUCAUUUCAUACAGCGCUUAAACACCCUGGAUGGGAAAUGACUCUACAUAAGAUCAAAGAAUCUUACUGGUUUGACAAAAUGAGUACCCUGGUGCGCAGGUUUGUGGACAACUGUAUCGUGUGUAGAACAUCAAAAGGAACAUCGGGCGCUGUACAAGCUCAACUACAUCCAAUCCAAAAGCCAACUACAGCCUUUCAAGUGAUACAUAUGGAUAUCACUGGCAAGCUCGGUACUACAGAUGCCCAGCAAUAUGUUGUAGUAACUAUCGAUGCUUUCUCAAAAUAUGUGCUGUUUAAUUAUGCUACCAAUAAGAGCCCGCACAGCACAUUAGCUGCACUAAAACGUACUAUAAACCUAUUUGGAACACCACUUCAAAUAAUUGUGGAUGGAGGCAGAGAAUUCUUGGGGGAAUUCAAGACUUAUUGCCAACAGCUAGGAAUAGACAUCCAUGAUAUAUCACCAGGAAUCAGCCGAGCUAACGGACAAGUUGAGCGAAUAAUAGCAACGCUUAAGGACGCAUUAAUAAUGAUAAAAAAUUAUGAAAAUGCAUUAGAAGAACUUCAGUUGGCCAUGAAUUGUACUGCUCAUCGAGUAACAGAGCCCCUGUGUAUAACACAGCAUCCACCUAAUCCUAAUUUCUAUAGAGCCCCUGUGUACCACGGCGAACAGGACCGCCCAGAGCACAGCAUCACUUCAUUUCCAUUCUACGAGACUACGAGAAUUAUGUGUGUAGACGUGAUGUAUGGUUGA